UCUGGGUACACUCUGAAUGUGCCUGGAAGGCCUAGAGCUUGAGAGAGCAGAGCAGGUGCUCACACAGGCGUCACCCAAUGCUGUGCUAGGCUGAGUAUCAGGUGCUGCGCUGUGUUUCUUCAGAGAGAGAGUCUUGGCGUAUGUCAGGGACCCACUGGAGUCUCAGGAUGGACAACUGGUGAUACAGUGGGAAUGGAAUCAGGUUUUAGAUUAGGGGAAACAAAACAAAAGUAAAAGAAGACUACACAGAGAUAGCCUGGAGUUGGAAUCAAGCGGGGCUGUCUCCUUGGUUGGGAAAACCAAAGACAACAGGAUUCCAUUAUGUCCACACCAGUUGCCUCAGAUACCACACCAAGGCUUCAGAAGCCAACAAAAGGUCAAAAGAAAAAAGUGCCUGUGAAAGCAACGAUAGCUUCUUCAGACAGAAGAUCCGAGAUGUCACCUGUCUCCCCAAAGUCCUGCAAGCAGAAUGAUUCAGGGAAACAGGUGCCAGUGGACAGUGUUUGCUUGGCAAAAAAAGCUCCACAGGUCAGCAGCAUUCUGGCUUCCAGUGAUGGCUCUGCAGGGGAUGUCCCUGAGCAGAGAUCCAAGAGGAAAAGGGGCCAAAGAAAAAGAAAACUGGACAAUAUCAAGAUGGAUCCAGGAGUCUGUGUCACUCUUGCCUCCAGUGAUGCCUCGGCAGGGGAUGUCCCUGUGCAGCAAACCAAAAGGAAGAGGGUUCACAAGACAAGGACACUUGUGGAUGUUAAAGCAGCUACCCAAGAGGGCAGCGUGCUGGUCUCUAGCACAGCCACCCCUGAAGCUGCCCCUGGAGCCACCUCAGAGCUCAAGUUCCCCAGGAAGGGGAAGAAAAGGAGCAUAUGGACUGUGAACCGUAUAGAGGGGAUGAAACUCAUACUGAACAAGAAGAGAAGACCCAGCUACCGCCCUGAGGACCUCGAAGCCUUCUACCGACUUCUGGAGGAUCCUGUGGUCCAGAAUUUCUUGGCAGCGGACAUUUUCUUCAGGGUAUCUGACAAGUACCUGCUGUCUAUGGUGGUGGAGUAUUUUGGUCGAGUUGGGCUUCCUGGACAUCUCUACAACAGGAUCUACUUCUUCCUGGCCCUCUACAUCGCCUGUGACAUGGAAGAGGAUGACCCCAUAUCCAAGAGGAGCAUCUUCCAAUUCUUGCUGGGCAGAGACACCUGGCAAGGCUUAUACAAGGAUUUCCUGAAGCUGCAGAAGGAUUUCAUCCUAGCCAUGGAUUACCAAGCCUGGGUCACACCAGAUCAGUGUGCAGAGAUCCAGAACCAGAACCCACAGCACUGGGUCUGGAGCCGGGUGCGCCAGGGCACCCCUUAGGUUCCCAGGCCUGGGGACCAUCAGCAGGGUCGUGGAGCAUGGGGCUGCACAUGAGCCAGAGUUUCAUCCUGGCAGCUGAUAUUUUCCUCGGACUGACUGAGAGGCACCUGCAAU